CGCCGCUGUCUGUCACUAGGCCGGCGUUGGGUGCGGACCGGGGCGCGGCGGUGCAGUUGCCCGCUGGCAUCUUUGCCCUCCGCUCCCUACCCGGUGUGGGAAGUUAAAACCGAAAAGGAGGGAAGCGCGGCGGUCAAUUUUUUGAGUUUGAUUACCUCUCCAACCUCCUCCAACCGGAUAAAUAUCAUAUUGUUUGGUUUCUGGUUAUAUGGAUCACUGACUGAAUAAUAGAUGACUUUACCUCGUCUCACAGGAGCCUUGCGCUCCUUUUCAAAUGUCACCAAGCAAGAUAAUUAUAAGGAAGACAUAGCUGACUUAAAGAUAAAGCGAUCCAAACUUCAUGAACAAGGUUUAGAUUUGGGCCUGACAUGGAAGAAGAUAAUGAAAUUUUUGAAUGAAAGACUGGAGAAGAGUAAAAUGCAAAGUGUAAAUGAAGAGUUAAAGGAAAUAUUACAUGCUGCAAAACAAAUAGUUGGAACAGAUAGUGCGAGAGAAGCCAUUGAAAAUGCGGCUGCAUUUCUCUUCAUGACAUUUCACUUGAAGGACACCGUUGGUCACAAGGAGACAAAGGCUAUAAAACAGAUGUUUGGCCCUUUUCCAUCGUCAUCUGCCACUGCAGCUUGUAAUGCUACUAGUCGAAUUAUUUCUCAUUUUAGUCAAGAUGAUCUUACUGCUCUUAUCCAGAUGACAGAGAAGGAAUAUGGCGAUAGAGGUUUUUUUGGUAAAAAUUUAGCAUUUUCAUUUGACAUGCAUGAUUUGGACCCCUUUGAUGACCUGCCGCCAGUAAACGGUGAAAAUCAGAAAAUAACCUUAGAUUACAGGAAGUUUCAGAAUGAACGUCUCCAGGAGCAUUGCACUCCAGAGAUUAAGCCUGUGGAAAAAACAAAUGGCUCCUUUUUGUGGUGUGAAGUUGAGAAAUACUUAAAUGCAACUAUGAAGGAAAUGACUGAAGCACCACGAAUUGAAGAUCUUUGCUGCACUUUAUAUGAUAUGCUCGCUUCUGUUAAAAGUGGUGAUGAACUUCAGGAUGAGCUAUUUGAACUGCUGGGACCUGAAGGACUCGACCUUAUUGAGAAGCUCCUCCAGAAUAGAACUACGAUUGUGAAAUUUCUUAAUUCCUCAAAUGAUCAUAAAUUUCAGGCUCUUCAAGAUAAUUGUAAAAAAAUUUUAGGAGAAAAUGCUAAACCCAAUUAUGGUUGUCAAGUCACUAUUCAGUCAGUACAAGAAAAGCAGUUAAUAAAACAAUAUCGCCGUGAAGAAAAAAGAAUUGCCAGACGAGAAAAAAAGGCUGGGGAAGAUUUAGACAUUUCAGAAGGACUUAUGCCCUUUGAUCCUAAGGAAUUGCGGAUACACAGAGAGCACGCACUACUGAAUGCUAGAAGUGUUCCAAUUCUGAGCAGGCAGAGAGAUGACGUUGAAAAAAUACGUUAUCCCCAUGUUUAUGACUCCCAGGCUGAAGCCAUGAAAACAUCGGCCUUCAUUGCUGGUGCAAAGAUGAUUUUACCAGAAGGAAUCCAAAGAGAGAAUAACAAGCUUUACGAAGAAGUAAGGAUUCCCUACAGUGAACCAAUGCCAAUCAGCUUUGAGGAAAAGCCAGUUUACAUCCAAGACUUAGAUGAGAUUGGACAACUAGCUUUUAAAGGGAUGAAGAGACUCAACAGAAUCCAGUCAAUAGUAUUUGAAACUGCGUACAACACCAAUGAGAACAUGCUGAUUUGUGCCCCUACCGGAGCUGGAAAGACCAACAUUGCCAUGCUUACAGUCUUGCAUGAAAUUCGCCAACAUUUUCAACAAGGAGUUAUCAAAAAGAAUGAAUUUAAGAUUGUAUAUGUUGCUCCAAUGAAAGCCUUGGCAGCUGAAAUGACGAAUUACUUCAGCAGACGUCUGGAGCCACUGGGCAUUGCUGUGAAGGAAUUGACAGGUGAUAUGCAGUUGUCAAAAAGUGAAAUUUUACGAACACAGAUGCUUGUGACCACACCAGAAAAAUGGGAUGUAGUGACAAGAAAGAGUGUUGGGGAUGUAGCUCUUUCCCAAAUUGUGAGACUCCUUAUUCUUGAUGAAGUUCAUUUGCUGCAUGAAGAUAGAGGACCAGUAUUGGAAAGCAUAGUUGCACGUACUUUACGGCAGGUCGAAUCCACACAGAGUAUGAUAAGGAUUCUUGGACUGUCUGCAACCUUACCCAACUACCUCGAUGUUGCUACGUUUUUACAUGUUAAUCCGUAUAUUGGACUUUUCUACUUUGAUGGCCGUUUUCGACCAGUGCCUCUUGGACAGACAUUUUUGGGGAUUAAAAGUGCAAAUAAGAUGCAACAAUUGAAUAACAUGGAUGAAGUGUGCUAUGACAGUGUUCUGAAGCAAGUCAAGGCUGGACACCAGGUGAUGGUAUUUGUACAUGCUCGAAAUGCCACUGUAAGAACAGCUAUGUCUCUAAUAGAGAGAGCAAAAAAUUGUGGCCAGAUAUCCUGGUUUUUACCUACCCAAGGACCUGACUAUGGACAUGCAGAAAAACAGGUGCAAAGGUCAAGAAAUAAGCAAGUACGAGAAUUAUUCCCAGAUGGCUUUAGCAUUCAUCAUGCAGGGAUGCUUCGGCAGGACCGAAAUUUGGUUGAAAAUUUAUUUUCUAAUGGGCAUAUCAAAGUCCUAGUCUGUACGGCUACAUUAGCCUGGGGUGUCAAUCUUCCUGCUCAUGCUGUUAUUAUUAAGGGAACACAAAUAUAUGCUGCAAAAAGAGGCUCCUUUGUUGACCUUGGAAUUUUAGAUGUCAUGCAGAUAUUUGGGCGAGCCGGACGACCACAAUUUGACAAAUUUGGGGAAGGAAUCAUUAUAACAACACAUGACAAACUCAGCCAUUACCUCACUUUGCUCACUCAACAAAAUCCAAUUGAGAGUCAGUUUCUGGAAAGCCUUGCAGAUAACCUAAAUGCAGAGAUUGCUCUGGGAACGGUUACUAAUGUGGAAGAAGCAGUGAAGUGGAUCAGUUACACUUACCUUUAUGUACGGAUGAGAGCAAAUCCAUUAGUGUACGGCAUCAGUCACAAAGCUUAUCAGAUUGACCCAACUUUGAGAAAGCACCGAGAACAGUUGGUCAUUGAAGUUGGACGAAAGCUGGACAAAGCUCAGAUGAUUCGUUUCGAGGAGCGAACUGGAUAUUUUUCCUCAACUGAUUUGGGUAGAACCGCCAGCCAUUACUACAUUAAAUACAACACCAUUGAGACUUUUAAUGAACUCUUUGAUGCUCACAAAACAGAAGGUGAUAUCUUUGCUAUAGUCUCCAAAGCUGAAGAAUUUAAUCAAAUCAAGGUCAGAGAAGAGGAAAUAGAGGAGUUAGAGGCCUUAUUAAGCAAUUUCUGUGAACUCUCUACUCCUGGAGGUGUAGAGAAUAGUUACGGGAAAAUAAACAUCUUACUUCAGACUUACAUCAGCCGAGGAGAAAUGGACAGUUUCUCCCUUAUAUCGGAUUCUGCGUACGUUGCCCAGAAUGCAGCUAGAAUUGUCCGUGCGCUCUUUGAAAUUGCUCUGAGGAAACGUUGGCCUACCAUGACCUACAGACUACUGAAUCUUAGUAAAAUCAUCGACAAGAGGCUCUGGGGUUGGGCAAGUCCUUUGAGACAAUUUUCAGUUCUACCACCACACAUCCUAACAAGAUUGGAAGAAAAAAACCUUACUGUGGAUAAGCUGAAAGACAUGAGAAAAGAUGAAAUAGGUCACAUUUUGCAUCAUGUGAAUAUUGGACUGAAGGUCAAACAAUGUGUUCAUCAGAUUCCUUCCGUCACAAUGGAAGCAUCUAUUCAGCCCAUCACACGGACUGUCCUCCGCGUAACACUCACCAUCUACCCUGAUUUCACUUGGAAUGAUCAGGUGCAUGGAACAGUGGGGGAACCCUGGUGGAUUUGGGUAGAAGAUCCUACAAAUGAUCACAUUUAUCAUUCAGAGUAUUUUCUAGCUCUAAAAAAACAGUCCGAUAGAUGGUUAGGAGCUGAGGCUGUAUGUAUUAUCAACUUUCAACAUCUGAUUCUACCAGAGAGACACCCUCCCCAUACAGAAUUACUGGAUCUGCAGCCUUUGCCAAUCACAGCUUUGGGAUGUAAAGCAUAUGAAGCCUUGUACAACUUCAGCCACUUUAACCCUGUGCAGACACAAAUAUUUCAUACACUCUAUCAUACAGACUGUAAUGUCCUGCUUGGAGCACCCACUGGAUCAGGAAAAACUGUUGCAGCUGAAUUAGCCAUUUUCAGAGUCUUCAACAAGUACCCUACUUCAAAGGCAGUAUAUAUUGCUCCCCUAAAAGCCCUAGUACGUGAAAGAAUGGAUGACUGGAAAGUUAGAAUAGAAGAAAAGCUUGGUAAAAAAGUUAUUGAACUAACAGGAGAUGUGACUCCUGAUAUGAAGUCCAUUGCCAAGGCUGACCUUAUUGUCACUACACCAGAGAAGUGGGAUGGAGUCAGCAGAAGCUGGCAAAACAGGAACUAUGUUCAGCAAGUCACUAUUCUCAUCAUAGAUGAGAUUCAUCUGCUUGGGGAGGAAAGAGGCCCUGUUCUCGAGGUCAUUGUAUCUCGAACAAAUUUUAUCUCAUCACACACAGAAAAGCCUGUUAGAAUAGUUGGACUGUCUACUGCAUUAGCCAAUGCCAGAGACCUUGCUGACUGGCUCAAUAUUAAGCAGAUGGGUUUGUUCAACUUCCGACCAUCAGUACGCCCAGUUCCCUUGGAAGUUCACAUUCAAGGCUUCCCAGGUCAACAUUACUGUCCUCGUAUGGCAAGUAUGAACAAACCUGCAUUUCAGGCAAUUAGAAGCCAUUCUCCGGCCAAGCCUGUUUUAAUAUUUGUCUCAUCCCGACGUCAGACUCGUCUCACUGCCUUGGAAUUGAUAGCCUUCCUGGCUACCGAGGAAGAUCCAAAGCAGUGGCUGAAUAUGGACGAACGAGAGAUGGAAAACAUCAUUGCAACGGUCAGAGAUUCCAAUCUGAAGCUCACUCUUGCUUUUGGAAUAGGCAUGCAUCAUGCUGGCCUACACGAGAGGGACCGAAAAACAGUAGAGGAACUAUUUGUGAACUGUAAAGUUCAGGUCCUUAUUGCUACAAGCACAUUAGCCUGGGGUGUAAACUUCCCAGCUCAUUUAGUAAUUAUUAAGGGAACAGAAUAUUAUGAUGGAAAAACAAGGCGUUAUGUGGAUUUUCCCAUUACAGAUGUCCUCCAGAUGAUGGGACGUGCUGGGAGGCCUCAGUUUGAUGACCAAGGCAAAGCUGUAAUUCUGGUUCAUGACAUAAAGAAAGACUUUUAUAAAAAAUUUCUUUAUGAACCUUUCCCAGUAGAAUCAAGCCUAUUAGGAGUGCUCUCCGACCAUUUAAAUGCAGAGAUUGCUGGUGGUACAAUAACAUCUAAGCAAGAUGCGCUAGAUUAUAUCACCUGGACUUACUUCUUCCGACGCCUUAUCAUGAAUCCCAGCUACUACAAUUUGGGUGAUGUAAGCCACGAUUCUGUGAACAAGUUUCUGUCCCAUCUGAUUGAGAAGUCCUUGAUUGAAUUGGAACUUUCCUACUGUAUUGAAAUUGGAGAGGAUAAUCGGAGCAUCGAACCUCUAACAUAUGGCCAAAUUGCCUCCUAUUACUACUUGAAGCACCAAACAGUGAAAAUGUUCAAGGACCGUUUGAAACCUGAAUGCAGCACCGAAGAACUGCUUUCAAUUCUGAGUGAUGCAGAAGAAUAUACAGAUUUGCCAGUAAGACACAAUGAAGAUCACAUGAAUAGUGAGCUGGCCAAAUGUCUUUCCGUCGAAUCAAAUCCUCACUCCUUCGACAGCCCUCACACCAAAGCACAUCUCCUGCUGCAGGCACAUCUCAGCCGAGCCAUGCUGCCCUGCCCAGAUUAUGACACUGAUACCAAAACAGUCUUGGACCAAGCUCUCAGAGUAUGUCAGGCAAUGCUGGAUGUGGCUGCAAACCAGGGCUGGCUGGUGACUGCCCUGAAUAUCACCAACCUGGUUCAGAUGGUGAUCCAGGGGAGGUGGUUAAAAGACUCUUCCCUUCUUACAAUACCAAACAUAGAACACCACCAUCUUCACCUUUUCAGAAAGUGGAAGCCUGUUAUGAAGGGCCCACGUGCGAGGGGUCGGCCUUCCAUCGAGUGCCUUCCUGAACUGAUCCACGCCUGUGCAGGGAAAGAGCACUUGUUCAGCGCCAUGGUGGAGAAUGAGCUACAUGCCACAAAAACAAAGCAGGCAUGGAAUUUCUUGUCUCAUUUGCCAGUGAUAAAUGUUGGCAUGAGUGUGAAAGGCUCAUGGGAUGACUUAGUUGAAGGACAUAAUGAACUCUCUGUCUCAAAUGUAACUGCAGACACACGAGAUGACAACAAAUGGAUCAGGUUGCAUGCUGAUCAGGAGUAUGUGCUUGAAGUCAGCUUGCAGAGAGUCCACUUUGGGUUCAACAAGGGAAAGCAAGAGAGCUGCGCAAUUACCCCUAGAUUUCCCAAAUCGAAAGAUGAAGGGUGGUUUUUAAUAUUAGGAGAAGUGGAUAAGCGAGAACUUAUUGCUUUGAAAAGAGUAGGAUAUGUUCGAAAUCGGCACGUGGUUUCCCUUUCUUUUUAUACCCCUGAAAUGCCUGGAAGGUAUAUCUACACACUGUAUUUCAUGAGUGACUGCUACCUCGGCCUGGACCAGCAGUAUGACAUUUAUCUCAAUGUCACACAAGCGAACAUUUCCACACACAUGGACAGAGAAUUCUCUUGAUGCCUUGACUGACCUGGCAAUAAAGGAACCUGCCCCAACAACCUAUUUGAAAGAAGUGGUUGAGAAACAUGGUUGCUCAGCAAUCUGGACACAGUCAGAUUACUUGAUGUUUGCCUUGACAGAUCAAUUUCUACCCUCGGGAUAGCCAGGAAAUGGACAGUGGCUGCAACAACAAAAAGUUAAAAAGUGGCCUUUUAAUAAAUGUUGCCUUUCAUAAUAUUAUUGUCACGGGUUUGUUGAUAUGAAAAUGAAUAAGCAUAUAGGAUAAUAUUUUAAUUUGACUGUAUUUGAGAUACAUUUAGGAGUUAUCAAAUUUCGCAUCUCCUAAGGUACUGUUUACAUGAAUAUUGGCUUCUUUUUUUAAAGGAAAACCCCAGUGAGGCAAUGCAGUAUUCUGAUGUGUUCUGACGGAUUUCGAACUGCAGCAUAACAUGUAACAUAAAUGUGUAAAGGAAGAGAUGACGUGUCUUAUUAGCAAAUUUGUACUUUGAUCACAUGUCAAAGUAGUUUCAAAAAUUUCUUCCAGUCAUAAAUGUUAAUAGUAUAUGAUGUAAAAUUAUACUGUGGAGCCUAAUGAGGAUAGCAAAGAAAACAGAAUAUAUUGAGCCUAUAAAAUAUAGGUACUGUAAAUUGGUAGAAAUAAAAUAUACGGAGUGUCACUUCGAGACAAGCUGACUCAGUGUUUUUUCUCCGGUUUCCUUCCAUUUCUAUCCUCUCUUACUCUUCUAUUCUUUAUUUUCUGUUCUGCUUCAAGACUUUACUUUUCCGAUAUACUUAUUUACACAAGGAGAAUAGUAUUACCUAAUUUAUGUCGUAACAAGUACAACCACAUAGUACAAUACUUUGUCUAUAUUUUCUCCAGGAUACAUC